UUGUUUCCAUGCGCAGAAACAACAUAACGUGUGGUGUGGGGCGAAACCAAACUCAGAAUUCUCCACUGGGCCUUCACAAAUCCGAAUUAGGCAGAGGCUUCAGAGCAUGGAAACUGGGGCUGUGGCUAUGAACAACAACAGCAGCAACGUCAUCCAUCACCAGAAUGAAACCAGAGCAACUUCCACCAUCACCAUUAAGGGCAUUCUCAGCCUUAUAAUGGAAAACAUUGAUGUCAAUUUGGAUGGUGGAAACAAGAGAGUUAUUUCUCUGGGUAUGGGUGACCCAACUCUCACCACAUUAUUCCACACACCUAAGGUUGUUGAAGAAGCUGUUGCUGACUCUCUUCACUCUCACAAGUUUCAUGGCUAUGCUCCCACUGCUGGUCUUCCCCAAGCUAGAAUAGCAAUUGCUGAAUAUCUAUCUCGUGACCUUCCUUACAAGUUAUCAAGUGAUGAUGUUUUCAUCACAUGUGGAUGCACUCAAGCCAUUGAUGUUUCAGUGGCGAUGCUUGCUCGCCCAGGUGCAAACAUCUUGCUUCCAAGACCAGGCUUCCCAAUCUAUGAACUCAGUACUGCAUUUAGAGGGGUUGAAGUGAGGCAUUACGAUCUGCUUCCAGAGAAAGGUUGGGAGGUUGAUCUAGAUGCUGUUGAAGCUCUUGCUGAUCAGAACACGGUUGGAUUGGUGAUCAUAAACCCUGGGAAUCCUUGUGGGAAUGUGUACAGUUACCAUCAUUUGGAAAAGAUUGCUGAAACUGCAAAACGGGUUGGAACAAUUGUGAUUUCUGAUGAAGUAUAUGGCCAUCUUGCAUUUGGGGCAAAGCCAUUUGUGCCAAUGGGAGUGUUUGGCUCCGUUGUUCCUGUUCUCACUCUUGGCUCACUGUCUAAGAGAUGGAUAGUUCCUGGAUGGAGGCUUGGUUGGUUCGUAACAAAUGAUCCAUCUGGCACUUUUAGAGAACCAAAGGUAGUUGAGCGUAUUAAAAAGUAUUUUGAUCUUCUGGGAGGCCCACCCACUUUCAUCCAGGCAGCUGUACCUCAGAUAAUUGCAAAUACUGAAGAGAUUUUCUUCAAUAAAACCAUUGACAAUUUGAGGCAUACUGCAGAUAUAUGUUGUACAGAGAUAAAGGAUAUUCCAUGCAUUGUUUGCCCUUACAGACCAGAAGGGUCCAUGGCUAUGAUGGUGAAACUAAACCUUUCACUCCUAGAAGAUAUAAGUGAUGAUAUAGACUUCUGUUUCAAACUUGCAAAGGAGGAAUCUGUAAUCAUUCUUCCAGGAACUGCAGUUGGGCUAAAAGAUUGGCUUCGUAUUACCUUUGCAGCUGAUCCAUGUGCCCUUGGAGAGGGUAUGAAAAGGAUAAAGUCUUUCUGUCAAAGGCAUGCAAGAAAAUUGUAAAAGCAUUUGUGAACCUACAAAUAAAUAAAAUUAUUACACUAAUGCUGGCAUUUUAAUAUAGCAUAUUGUAUUUCAAUUAAGCGUUCAGUUUCAUGAGAUAUAUUAAUUGCAACAUCAUUAAAAGGCA